AUGUGUCAUACUGUCAGAGCAGUUUGAGUUUGACGCGAAAAAGUGCGUGUUUUCGAUAUCAUACACAGAAGAUAGGACAACUUGUCAAUCGUCAAUUGCAACUUUAGAAUAUCCUCGUGCAUUGGUAUAUUCGAAUGAAGUUAGUAAAAAACAUUACUAGCAAAGCUUUUAGGCCAGUCAACAUGCUAUUUUAUUAUUGAACCAGUUGACGGCAUUCAACUUAUUCUUUUACGCAAUAUUUGCGAGUUUUCGAGAUACUUACAGUAAUUGUGAUUAGCAUUAAAAUCAAUCAAGAGAACAAUUAUAUUUAUUAAUUAUAAAUAUAUUGUAUCAUUAUACUAACUAAUCAAAAAUUUAUUUUCAUUCAGUAUUUAAUCUAAUUCGAACCUCAAGACCAUGGUAAUUGCAAGGUGCUGGUCACACAAAUAACUAAUUCAAACUAAUAAAAAAUGCAAUUGAGAUACAAAUUUAUAAUUGCAAUGACACCUGCCAUCAUUACAGAUUUGUGGUUUGACAUGCAGUUUUCAUUGUGGCUUCUGAAAAUUUCAAUUUGGAUGUAUAUUAUCAUAUUUGGAAUUUUACCAUUAAUUUUUCGAUAUUCGAUUCAAGUACAAAAAAAAAUUUUAUUUUUAAAUUUUGUUCACUGGCCUCCAGGCAUUGACCUUUCGAAACCUAAUAUUGUUGGGAUAAAAGGUGCAAGAAACUUCUAUCUUGUAACUGAUGAAAACGUAAAGAUUGGUGUAUGGCAAAUGUUACCUCAGUCAUUAAUAAAUCAAAGUAUUCAGCAGGAUAAAGAAAAUUAUGAGGAGUUAUUAAAAAAUGCCACCAGACCAAUAUUUUUGUAUAUGCAUGGAAACAGUGGUAACAGAGCCAGUAGUCACAGGCUAGAGCUGUAUAGAUUAUUUCAAAGUCUUGAUUUUCAUGUUAUAUGCUUCGACUACAGAAGCUAUGGUGAUAGCGAUAAUGUUGAUCCUGAUGAAAUGGGAGUUGUCAAUGAUAGUAAAUAUAUUGUUGAAUGGGUAUUAAAAACUGUAAAUAAUUCUGCACCAGUAUUUGUUUGGGGGCAUUCUCUUGGAACUGGGGUUUCUGCACAUGUGCUUGCAAUAUUAGCAAGUGAAAAAAUUAGUCCCGCUGGAUUAAUUUUGGAAUCGCCAUUCAACAAUCUUGCUGAUGAAAUAAGCGAGCAUCCAUUGGCUCAGAUAUUUAAGCAUUUACCAUGGUUUGAUUGGGCUAUUGUGAAACCUCUUUAUUAUAAUGGAUUGCGCUUUGAAUCUGACAAGCACAUAGGAAAAAUUAAUUGUCCAAUUAUGAUUUUACAUGCAGAAGAUGAUAAAGUGGUUCCAUUUGCUCUAGGAGAAAAGUUAUUUACUGCUGCAAAAGUAUUGCAUACAGCAAAUGCUGGACAAAUUCUAAUGACAAGGAUAAAUGCAUCAUAUGGACUAGGUCACAAAUACAUUUGUCGAUAUCAAGACUUACCAAAAAUAAUAAAAAAAUUCGUAAAUCAAUCAACGUCAACAAUUUAAUUAUAGAUAAUUUUAAAAUAUAAUUACAAAAAAUUAUACUCAAUUAUGCGAGAUUUAAAGACUUGUGGCACGGAUCAAAUAUAGGACAAUCACAUUCAAGAUUUUUUCAUCAAACCGUUUCAUAUAAAAAUUACGAAGCUCUAUCGUUCGUAUUUGUGAUGAUAUUAAUAUAUCUAGGCAUGGUGAAUGUCAGCUAUCAAAAUGAAUCUGUACUUUAACUUGUAACGAAAAACUUUUAGAAGUUUCUAUGUAGAACAUUCCUUUUAAUAAAUUUAUAAAUAAUUUUUUAAUUUACCUAAAAUUUGCGGUAAAUUUACCACGAAAAGUAUUUAUUGCAUACAAAAUUAUAUAAGUAAUUAUACAGCAGUAAUUGUCAUUAAUCAUGUUUAUGUUUGAAUGUAACUUUAUAUUAAAAUGUAAUAUAUUGUUAGUAUGAAAAUAAAGCAAAAUUCAAAACGCUUACAAUUUAGAUUCGUAAUAUUCAAAUAAUCUUUUUUUUAUUAAUUAUUCAUAAAGCAUUGUGUAAAUAUUAAAACUAAUUGAGCAGGCUUCAUCUUUUCGAAAUCAUUUUUUGGCGCCGGUAACAAAUCGAAUUUCAAUCGUGAUUGAUCUAUGGCUUGUUUUCGAUUGAUUGGAAUUUCUGAAAAAUCAAAUUACUUAAAAAACAUUCUGUAGGUAUUAAAA